GUCCAACCCACGUCCACAUCCACGCUUCCAUCAUGCCGGGGCUGCUGCUCGGAGACCCGUUUCCUGAUUUCGAAGCGGAGACCACCGCUGGUAGAAUGAAACUCCACCAAUAUCUCGGUGAUUCAUGGGGUAUCUUGUUCUCCCACCCCAAAGAUUACACCCCGGUUUGCACCACGGAGCUGGGUCGAGUGGCCAGGCUGAGCAGCGAGUUCAGCAAACGCGGCGUCAAACUGAUCGCUCUGUCCAUCGACAGCCUGGAGGAUCACUGCGGCUGGAGCAAGGACAUCCUGGCUUAUAACUGUGAGAAGUCUGAGUGCUGCAGGCUGCCCUUUCCCAUCAUCGCGGACAGCAAACGUGAGCUGGCAGUCUCUCUGGGUAUGCUGGAUCCUGAUGAGAAGGACAAAGACGGCCUGCCGCUCACCGCUCGCUGUGUUUUUAUUAUUGGACCUGAUAAAAAGCUGAAACUGUCCCUGCUCUACCCGGCAACCACAGGACGUAGCUUCAGUGAGAUCCUGCGUGUGGUCGACAGCCUCCAGCUCACAGCUGAAAGAAGAGUGGCCACGCCUGCUGAGUGGAAGCCUGGAGACUGCGUGAUGGUGCCUCCGAACAUGCCUGAGGAGGAUGCUGCCGCUUUGUUCCCAGCGGGGGUCUUCACUAAAGAACUGCCCUCUGGGAAGAAGUACCUGCGCUACACCCCAGACCCCCACGACCUGGGUGAAAGUGUGGAUCCUGGAUAUUCACUGAUUCAACCGCGCCAAUGCACGUCUAUUUUGUAAUGGGCUUUUCUUUUUUUUUUUGCUUCUGUAAAGCAGACCAAAAGAAUACAAUAAACACAAGCAGAGUUAUUCUGUUAUGACCUUUAUAAUAGGUUGAUUUUAAAGUAGGCGACAUGUUAAAUAACUUUACAUUUGCACUGACAAUUCAAACACAAUGGGUUAUAAAGUUUAGUGUGGAACAACUCUGUGUGUAUUUGGGUCAGUGACAUCUGAUUCAUGUCGAUCUGCUGGAAUAAGUGAACAUUAUAGCAGAUUUUAACCCAGAUGUUGAAGGAAUUUUAUUUUUAUCUGAGUUUCAGCGUUUUGUUUCAUUAAGACCCCAAAGCUGAGAGAGAAUCUGACCUGGAUGCUGAGGCUGAUGAUGAUCCUGAUCAUUUCCAUCCUUGUUUGUAUUUUUGCGCAUAUUUACUACAGGUGAAUACUUUGUAACACUGUAUUUAACCGUUUCCUAAUGUUUCUAAAAUUUCUGUAAUAAAAAAACACCUGUAGGAAGGAGGGGAUUUGAUUGAAAAACUCCAAAGAGGAAAAAGAAAAAUACAAACUGCGGUGCUCAAAGGAAGCUCUGAUUAGUCCACACUGGGAUACUUAGUUUUCAAGGAAGGCAGAUUCUAUGAUGUUUGAAUCUAGAUUAACAGCUAACUAGCCAAACUAAUUGAAAAUGGGCCAUGCUUUGUUCUAAAGCUAACCAAAGAAUGUUGGUGUGUUGCUCAAACAGUGGAGUAAAUGCUUCCUGUUGAACGUUGUUUCAUUUCCUCUACUGGUUCAGACCUUUUGGUUUAUAACAAAAGUAACCAACGUUUGUGGUGCUCUCCACGCAGUCAGAGCAAACAGGCUGGUUUUUCACUGUAGGUAAUUGUGGUGAAUAAUAAUUAAUGCCUAUCAGAUGAUGCAGCGCAAUGCACAUUUUGUCACGCUGUAAUUUCAAACUUGAAUGUGUUUUGUUAAGGUUUUAUGUGAAAGAGCAAAGCACUUAAAAAGUACUUUAAAACUGGAGAAUGUGAUAGUUUCUACUACAAAGAUACCCUAUGUGUUUGUAUUCAGCCUUUGUUAAUUGUGAUGCCUUAAAUAAAAUC